AAAAAACAAAACAAACGAAGAGCGCCACCUGCUGGAGAACACUUAUCCCUCUCGCUUUGCAUCUUCCUCUCGGUCAAAAGUCCCACCGCCAAAGUGCAGCAAAGCCUGUAAUGUCAAUGAGUCUCAUGAAACGAAGACAGCUAAACAAUUGGAUCAUUUCUAAAUAGCUAACGAGAUAUGUAUAUAUAUAUAUAUAUAUAUAUACAUUCGGUGGAGAAAUGCAUUUACUCAAGAAAAUAGCUAUUGUAGCAAUAUAGCUACUUAGUUAGACAAUAAGUUCAAAUUUCUGGAAUAUUUCCAAAAAUCUUUGUUUUGAAAAAACGACUAGCUUGCUGGCUAGCGAAGUUACCAGUGAAAACAACUGUUAUAAGGCUGUAUUCGGGACGUCUGAGAGAAACAAACUGUCAGCUACAGCAAGGUUAUCAGUUGUUUCCUGGGCGAGGACAAGACAAGUGCUACAACUUUCUGUAUCAGCUCUUCGAGCUGAGCCAGGCCUCAACCAUGGCAGGUGAUCUGCGUGGUGUAGCAAAGCAGGCCAAGACCCUGAAGCCUCAGCGCUCCCUCCCUGGGACGCCCUCACUAACCUACUCAAACACUUCCCCAUCGACCUGCGUACAUCCAUGGACGGAAAGUACAAGGAGAUUGCAGAGGAGCUGUUCACUCGCAGCCUGACGGAGAGUGAGAUGCGCACCGCUCCUUAUGAGUUCCCUGAGGACAGCCCCAUCGAGCAGCUGGAGGAGAGACGCCAACGCCUGGAGAGGCAAAUCAGCCAGGACAUCAAGCUUGAGCCAGAGAUCCUGCUCCGCGCCAAGCAGGAGUUCAUGAAAAUCGACAGUGAUGCCGACCUGGAGUUGAUGAAUCAGGAGGGUGGUGUGGACAGGACCGAUGAUGGCUGGAUGAAGGAGAGAGUAUUACCGAUGGAGCGAGAGUACCAGCGUGUGUCAAUAUCAGGGGAGGAGAAGUGUGGGGUGCCCUUCACAGACCUGGUGGAUGCAGCGAAGUGUGUGGUGAAGGCCCUGUUCAUCAGGGAGAAGUACAUCGCUCUGUCCAUGCAGAACUUCUGUAAGACCACUGCCCGUGAGCUGGGGGAGCUGGGAGAGAAACCCCUGGACCUACGCAUCUAUGAGGAGAUCCCUGAGACCCCCGUUGAUGCAGAUGCUCCAGUCCACCCCCCUGUCUCAGAGACUCACCCCUAUGAAAACCAGGUCACCAAGAACAUGCCUGCAGACACAGGGUACAGCUGUAAGAUGGUGGAUGGGGUCAUGCAUGUCUACACCAAGAAGAGCCCCAUGGAGAAGAGUACAGAGUUGGACCUGCCCUACCCAGACCUGAAGGAGUACAUCGCUGACAUGAAUGUCAUGAUGGCUCUCAUCAUCAACGGACCAGUGAAGUCGUUCUGCUACCGCCGGCUGCAGUACCUCAGCUCUAAGUUCCAGAUGCACAUUCUGCUGAACGAGAUGAAGGAGUUGGCAGCCCAGAAGCAGGUUCCUCACCGCGACUUUUACAACAUUCGCAAGGUGGACACCCACAUCCACGCUUCGUCCUGUAUGAACCAGAAGCACCUUCUGCGCUUUAUCAAGCGGGCCAUGAAGAAGUACCCUGGGGAGAUAGUCCACAUGGAGCACGGGCGGGGACAGACCCUCAUGGAGGUGUUUGAGAACAUGAACCUGACCGCCUUCGACCUGAGUGUGGACACACUGGACAUGCACGCGGACCGCAACACGUUCCAUCGCUUCGACAAGUUCAACGCCAAAUACAACCCCAUCGGAGAAUCCAUCCUGAGAGAGAUCUUCAUCAAGACAGACAACCACAUCGAGGGCAAAUACUUUGGCCACAUGAUCAAGGAGGUGAUGGCUGACCUAGAGGAGAGUAAGUACCAGAACGUGGAGCUACGUCUGUCCAUCUACGGCCGCUCCCGGGACGAGUGGGACAAGCUGGCCCAGUGGGCCGUCAAACACCAAGUCUACUCUGACAACGUGCGCUGGCUCAUCCAAGUGCCCCGCCUCUUUGAUGUGUACCGAACCAAGAAGCAGCUGGCUAACUUCCAGGAGAUGAUGGAGAACAUCUUUAUGCCUCUGUUUGAGGUCACCAUCAACCCCUGCAGCCACCCUGAGCUGCACCUCUUCCUGCAGCACGUGGUGGGCUUUGACAGCGUGGAUGACGAGUCCAAGCCGGAGCACCACAUCUUCAACAUGGACAGCCCCCUGCCAGCCGACUGGACAGAGGAGGACAACCCUCCCUACUCCUACUACCUCUACUACACUUACGCCAACAUGACCGUGCUCAACCAUCUGCGCAGGAGGCGUGGUUUCCACACGUUUGUGCUGCGCCCUCAUUGCGGGGAGGCGGGGCCUGUCCACCACCUGGUGUCUGGUUUCAUUCUGUCAGAGAACAUCUCCCAUGGGCUGCUGCUCAGGAAGGCCCCAGUGCUGCAGUACCUCUACUACCUGGCUCAGAUUGGCAUCGCCAUGUCCCCCCUGAGCAACAACAGCCUGUUCCUCAGCUACCACCGCAACCCCCUGCCUGAGUAUCUGGCCAGAGGCCUCAUGGUCUCUCUGUCCACUGACGACCCCCUACAGUUCCACUUCACCAAGGAGCCCCUUAUGGAGGAGUACAGCAUCGCCACACAGGUGUGGAAGCUGAGCUCCUGUGACAUGUGUGAGCUGGCCAGGAACAGUGUCCUCAUGAGCGGCUUCUCCCACAAGGCAAAGAGCUACUGGCUGGGGCCCAAAUACAGCAAGGAGGGGCCUGAGAGCAACGACAUCCGUCGCACCAACGUCCCGGACAUCCGCGUGGCAUACCGCAGUGAGACCCUGCUGGAGGAGCUCAACCUCAUCACCCAUGCUGUGCACACCAAGGAGCUGGACAACAUCGACGAGGAAGACACCCUCUCCAUGGCCCCCGUUGGGGCAGAAGGACACCACUAAAUCAACAACCCCACCCUGACUUCUAACCCCCCCGGCCCCUCCCUGCUUGACACUGAAGGGGUGCAGUAUGAGUGGACUCCAGCUUGUUGUUUAACCUCUACCUCUUACCCCCUUAUCCCCCUCCCACUAGGGAAUUGGACUGUGCACUCGUCUCUCAGCUCUCUUGUACUAAAGCCAAGGAUACAAUGCUCCCUGAGUGGCCCCAUCUCCCUGUCGGUGAUGGGGGUGGUCAGUAUGGACUCAUGUUCCAGUCCCCCUUCUCCCUCAACCCAGGUUCCCUCUUCAACUCUCUCUGUGUAGCCCCUGUUUUUCCUCUCUACUUCUUUUGACUCCUCCCUAUCUCUCUAAUGCUCACUGUGAGAUUUCAAUCAGCACGGCCAAGGUUGGCAGGGGGAACAUCCAGUGCUUGAAUUAUUUUCUAAUACACAAAUGGGAGGAGAGAGAAUGUAGCCUGAAGUCUUUUUUUUCACCUCAUCUGUUCUUCGAUCAGUUCCUGGAUCACUUUCUCUGUCACUUUGAUCUCCUGACCCUUCAAACCAAUACUUCUGCCCUUUGCUUUGUCAUGUGACCCUGCAUGAGAAAAAGGGUCCUACAGUUCAGCCUGUGAUUUGUUGGCAUGUUUGUACCCAUCACCUAUAUUACACACACACACACACACACACACACACACACACACACACACACACACACACACACACACACACACACACACACACACACACACACACACACUGCACAGUUUAGCCGUCCUGAAAACUGUUCCUCUUCCAUCGCACAGUCGUGCUGCCUGAAGCUCAUCGAGUUUAAUAUCUUCACAAUGAAGUAGGGAAGCAGAUACAACUUAACAUAAAUAUUAUGAGGGCGUUGUCAACGGGUCGCCUAACCUACACAACAUGGACACACCUAAACAAUGCAUAGGUGAAUGUUCCACCCCACAUUGUUCCAACACCCGUUGCGCACUGAUAGGAACGGUCACAUGUAACUUAGAGUUUCGUGGAAACCGCAGUAACAAACUUGUAAUGUAUGGACGUACUGAGUUAAGAAAAAUGGAGAAAGGACCAAAUCUGUGUGGCCUAGAAGCAGAAGUCAUGAACAAUUCCAGUCUGUCUGCUGCUGGGUAUCUGAUGGCUUUCAUCCUUCUCUGUGCUUCUGGAAGAUUGUAGGAAUUUAUUCGCGAAAUGAGCCCUCUCGGCCGGUCUCCCUGAUCUAAGUCAGCUCUGAAUGAAAUAGCAGGCAGGACAUUCAGCAGAGAAACGGCAGCAGCCAUCAGGGCAUGGAUCUGUGUUCCUGACUGGUCUAGUGCAAACAUUCCAUAACAUUAAUAUUAAGAUCAAUGUUAUUUUUAUUUAACAAAUCACAUUAGUUAUAGAAUAUGCAGACAAAAAGAGUAGAUUUAUACUAUGUGUGUGUACAAUAUACUAAAUAUCUAAAAAGGAUAUAGAUACAUGUGUGUGUGUAUAUCUAAAGAUAAGGUACAUGUGUGUGUAUAUCUAAAGAUAAGGUACAUGUGUGUGUAUAUCUAAAGAUAAGGUACAUGUGUGUAUAUCUAAAGAUAAGGUACAUGUGUGUGUAUAUCUAAAGAUAAGGUACAUGUGUGUAUCUAAAGAAAAGAUACAUGUGUGUGUAUAUCUAAAGAUAAGGUACAUGUGUGUGUAUAUCUAAAGAUAAGGUACAUGUGUGUGUAUAUCUAAAGAAAAGAUAUCAGUCUGGUAGUGGAUGCUUAGAGGUGUGUAUGAUAAGAGAUGUUAAACCACAGCUUUGUUUUCUAAGCACAAGUCAAGAAGAAUGUCAGGGAGGCUCCCCUGUCCCCCUACGAUUACCUCAACACUCAGUGAGUGUGUGUGUGUGUGUCGCUCCCACACACCCCUUGGAGACCAGGACAGACCCCGGGGACUGACCUCUGGGCCCACUUUGUUAGUUAUUGCAUGCAGUGCCCUGUAUGCACCAAACCAGACUUACCAGGUGAAGGCCUUACCACUGCUAGCCUGUCACUCUCCGUUUUCAUGCCCUGCUGCAACGCCCCACUCCUCAUCAACCAUAACCAUAACACCUGUCCUCUUCAAGCUUAAGCAUUUUUGCUGUCCUAACAUCAAGGAACUGAUACCAGGCUGCGUGCUGUAUGUUAAAGUACUUUAUCCUUUAUCUACCCAGGCCUUCCAGUGAAGUGGAAGAAGCGUUUUUAGCAAUGCUCUGUUUUGCCUGCAUUUCCAUCUGAUGUUGUGCAUGUCUGCAUGGACCACUGUGUGGCCACGGGAGUGUCUGGGAAGAUGGUUAAAGUGCUCUGUAAUGUGAAAAAGCAACUCAACUCAAAUCCAGCUCAUCACUCUGGCAACGCUCAAACCAUGGAGAGACAAAGUUGCUUGGUUGUUAUCAGCAUCAAAUGAACUCACCCCCCAUCAGUCAUGGUUUUCGUGGUCACCAAAACAGAUGUGAUCUGUACCAUAGAGAUCCUAUUGUAAUUCCUACUAUUGUCCUGUAAAUUCAUCCCCAUCUCACCCAACAAGCCUUCUCCUCAUCGGACCUCUUCUGUGAUUCAAACUGUGGGAGUUCUAUUUGUACAGUCCUAUUAUUUGCCAAGACUGUUAACUACUGGGCCCUAGUUGUAAAGUGUUCACCACGCAUUGCAUACCAUUACCUACCAGCCCAUUUUAAAAACCUAAGUGUGACAAAAGCCACACAAAAUAUACGAGUAAAUGUUUGAGAAACCAGAUAAUUUAGGACAAGCUGAACAUGGGGAUGGAUUUAAUAUAUAAAGUGUAUUUUUUUAAAGACUAUGGAAAUAAAAGGUUUAUAUAAACAGUAUAUCAAUAUCUAGAUCACAAACUUGAAGUUUUGUUGCUGUAGAUCAUUUUAAACUGCCCUUGUUUAAGCAGACAGAUGUAUUUUGUCAUAUUAUUAUUGGCCUUGUCUUUCACUAGAUUUACAAUUGGACUCAAUAUUUCCAUGUAUGUUCUUUUAUUAUUUAGUAUUUUAAUCGUUUUUCUGGUGUUCUUGUUGUGUUAGGACUGUUGAAGUGUUCCAUGUAGCUCUCUCUCAGUAGAGUAUUGAGUGAUGUUGAUCAGGUUAGCUAGGGUUAUUUGGAGGGGCCUUCAUCAAUGGUAGGACCCAGAGCCAUAAUGGGUAUCCCCUCUGACAUUUAACUCAGCCAGAGCUGCCUAUGUAAUCCGGCUGUACAUUCACACCUAAACACCCACUCAAACACUGUAAUCCUUCCCACAGACAUACAGCCAUAGACUGGAACACUGUUUCUCUUUGAUUGAUCCAAAGAGGGCUUUAAAAAACAAGCAACCGUUUAGUACAACUUUUGAUUUGAUUCUUUGAAAUCGUAUUUUGCAGGGAAUUAGAGGAUGCAUGUAUGAUUUGGGUUUGUGUCUCUUCAUGUGGAGUAGAAUGUGUGUAGUUACUUGAUAAACGAUCAGACAUCCAUGUUUAGAUCCAGGUGUGGCUCACUGAGGGACCCAACAACUUCAUUGACCUUUACCUUUUCAUUUCCCUCCGUCCAGUUCAGAUUGUCCAUCAGAGUUCACAGAUGUGUUCUUUCAAAACCUCACUAACUCCUGUUGUUGGUCUCCAUCUGUAAAAUGAGUUUAGUUUCUUUGCUUGUUUAUAAACUAAAAUGCUAGCGAACCUGUUGGUUCUACUGGUACCAUAGACCAUACUUUAUCAAACUUCACUAAGGACUGCCAUAUGUAUUUCUGUUCCAAUCGAAAGAGCACACAAACAAAGUUGGAAGACAAGUCAAAUGCUGUUUGUUUUCUUGCACUGUGUUCAGUAGUGCAAAGAGUCUUGGGCAGUAGUGUGAUAUAGUGUCUUGUCAUCACAGAACACAAACCAAUUAAUCAGUCAAUUAUCACACUGCCAGUUUUGUUUUUUGUUCAAUUGAUUUUCUCAUUGCAAAAUCACCUAGUAUUCUUUUCACUUCAUUAUGUUUAAUACAAAGAGUUUGUUGACUUGUGAUUGUUUUGUGCCUCCAUUCAUUCAUUCAUUCAUUCAUUCAUUGUUUUAGACAUUUGAAUGUUUUUCCAUGAAAGGUUCUCUGCACGUGUUUUAUUAUUGACAUGGUUGUCUUUCAUUUGUUUAAGUCUAUUGUAGUCACUAUCAUGACUUUAAAUGAAUGCCAAUGUUUUACAUUUACUCAAAUGCUUCUGAUAUGGUACAUGUGUAACGUCUGAAAAAUGAAAUAAAGCAUGUUUAUUCAUCUAA